AAACUUACAUGUGAUAAAACUUUCAAACCAUGUGAACAUGUUAUUUUGCAUGAAUGAGUUCUCAUCAAAAUUGAUAGUGGACAUAACACUCAAAAAUGUUAAAUUUUUCGCGUAAGUUGUUUUUUGUUAGGAAAUACUUUUCAUUUGUUGCCACAUGUCAGCAAAGAACUUUUUUCCGUGGUUCAGAUAAGAAAAAAGAUGAUAUGGUUUGCAAGCAAGACAGCAAGAGCACAAAUUGCUUAUUUGAUAUGUGCUCCCUUAAUCCCGAUAUACAACAACCCUGCGUCAUUAUUAUUGGUGCCGGGAUGGCUGGUCUAUCGGCUGCCAAACGGCUUGUCCAGUGUGGGAUUACCAACUUCAAAAUACUAGAAGCGAGUGAAAGACCAGGAGGACGGAUCAAGACAUGCUGGUUAGGAGAUGCGGCUGUAGAAAUGGGUCCGGAUGUCAUUAAUGGUGCAAGCAUAGCAAAUCCGGUUUAUACGAUGGCUGCACAAGAAGGAUUGUUCACACCUCCACUUACUCGGCUUUCUCCGCAGACCACUAUGUUUUUUACUAGUGAUGGGAGAGCUAUUGACGUCGACCUUGCGAAUAAAGCUUCAGCGACAUUUAAAAAUCUUGAAGCAAAGGCUGCAAAUUUGUUUUUCGUAGAAAAAAAGAUUCAUAAUCAAACAUUAAGCGCUUAUCUUGAUUCUCUGAUUGUAGAAGAACUUAAAAAAUUACCAGAAAUUGAGAGGUAUGACACAGCGAGAAUUUUCUACGGUAUGAGUAAUGGGCUGAAAAGUAAAAUUGGUGAAGAUCUCGACAAGGUCAGUUCGACUAUAUUUGGAAGUCUGCAUUCUCUUCCUGGUGGUGAUGUUAAAAUCCCUUUGGGCAUGGGCGGUCUCUUGGCUCCUCUGCUAAGGAAUCUUCCCAGGUGUGCGGUUCAUUAUUGCAAACCGGUGCAAUGCAUCAGAUGGGGAACGGCAGGCUCCGGAGUGCCCCGGGUUGUGGUUCGUUGCUGUGAUGGGGAGGAAUUCCCAGCAGAUUAUGUGAUUGUUACUGUUUCACUGGGUGUCUUGAAAAACAAAGCAGAUCUUUUAUUUUGCCCUGGAUUACCAGCAGGAAAGAUGGAAGCUAUAAGAAACUUAGGCUUUGGGAAUUUGAAUAAGAUUUUUAUAUAUCAAGAAAGUCCUUUCUGGGUGCCCGGAACAGGAGGGAUCCGGUUUGCUUGGUCUCCACAAGAAUUGGCCGAAAGAGGAGAUUGGGUUAAAGGUAUAUCAGGUCUAUCUGGGGUAGAGGGAAGUGGAAAAGUUCUCCAAGCCACUGUUGCCGGCGAGGAAGCUAGGAUAAUGGAAAGCAAAUCAGAUGCAGAACUUGUUGCAGAUCUGAAUAAAGUAAUACAAUCUUUCAUGGGCAACAGUGGAAUAAAAUUAUCAAAAGAUAUCAUGAGAACUGACUGGUCCACUAAUCAAUUCUUCUGCGGAGCUUUUACGUACUUAGGAAUUGAUUCGACCGUCGCUCAUAUUGCCGAUCUUGCAAACCCAUUGCCUGGCGAGUGUGAUGAAAUACCUCCGAUCAUUCUCUUCGCAGGGGAACACACAUCAAUAAAAUAUUUCUCGACCUUGCACGGCGCACGAGAAUCUGGUAUAAGGGAAGCCGACAGAAUUGUGUCCUUGACAAAAAAGCUAGGGGGUCCCCCUUUUAGAAGAGUUUGCAUUCCAUGCAAAACUAGACCUUCUCAUUUUGUCGCUGCAAGUUGAUGUGGCUUUAUGACUUUUAACUUACAAAAAUUGUAAAAACACGUGAUUGUGAUUAAUGGAAAAAACAUGUGAUUGUAAUAAAUUGUUUUAUUUUGUCA